UUUUCUAGCUGUGACGUCAAAACAGCGUUAGCAGCGAGCUCUUGCUGCGCAACCUUGGUUCUUGUACACAUGCAACUUGCAAUAACAACGCCACACGUGUGAUAUUUCAUUCGAAAACAAAUUAUGAAGCAGAAAAAGAAACUGGCUGUUGGACUUAGUCGCGAGGAGCGACAAGUGCUCGUUAUUGGUGAAAUUAUACAGGAGCUGCUGAAAGCGCACGAGGCCAAAAAGGAUGUGAAUCUUAAUCGCAUGAAAUCACUUAUCUCAUCCAAAUAUGGACUGGACAGCUCUCCACGGCUAGUGGACAUCAUUGCUGCUGUGCCGCAAGAUGCGAAGAAAAUACUGUUGCCAAAGCUGCGCGCGAAGCCCGUGAGAACAGCAAGUGGGAUCGCUGUGGUCGCAGUCAUGUGCAAGCCACAUCGUUGUCCACACAUCAAUUUCACCGGGAACAUUUGCGUCUAUUGCCCCGGCGGACCAGACAGCGAUUUCGAGUACUCUACGCAAUCUUAUACGGGAUACGAGCCCACCUCCAUGCGUGCCAUACGCGCACGCUAUGAUCCCUUUCUACAGACGCGUCAUCGUGUGGAGCAGCUAAAGCAGCUGGGACACUCGGUGGAUAAGGUUGAAUUCAUUGUGAUGGGCGGCACAUUUAUGGCACUAUCAGAGGAAUAUCGUGAUUACUUUAUACGCAAUCUGCACGAUGCACUUUCGGGUCACAGCAGCGCCAAUGUUGCGGAAGCUGUGCGCUACUCGGAGAAAUCACGCACCAAAUGCAUUGGCAUCACUAUUGAAACACGUCCCGACUACUGCUUGAAGCGACACAUUACAGAUAUGUUGAAUUAUGGCUGCACUCGCCUGGAGAUUGGCGUGCAAUCUGUUUACGAAGAUGUCGCCAGAGAUACGAAUCGUGGGCACACGGUGCGUGCCGUGUGCGAAACCUUUAAUAUGGGCAAAGAUGCAGGAUAUAAGAUUGUUACACAUAUGAUGCCCGAUCUGCCGAAUGUGGAUUUUGAGCGUGACAUUGAACAAUUCAUCGAAUACUUUGAGAAUCCCGCGUUUCGUUCCGAUGGCUUGAAAAUCUAUCCCACGUUGGUCAUUCGCGGCACGGGUCUCUAUGAGCUGUGGAAGACGGGACGCUACAAGUCAUAUCCGCCCUCGAUGCUGGUGGAUUUGGUGGCCAAAAUAUUGGCGCUGGUGCCGCCAUGGACGCGUGUUUAUCGCGUGCAGCGUGAUAUUCCCAUGCCGCUGGUUAGCUCUGGCGUAGAGCAUGGCAAUCUGCGUGAAUUGGCGCUGGCACGCAUGAAGGACUUGGGCACCGUGUGUCGUGAUGUGAGAACCCGUGAAGUUGGCAUUCAAGAGAUUCACAACAAGGUGCGCCCCCAUGAAAUCGAGCUGAUUCGUCGUGACUAUGUGGCCAACGGUGGCUGGGAAACGUUCCUUUCCUACGAGGAUCCCGAGCAGGACAUUCUGGUCGGUCUGUUGCGUUUGCGCAAAUGCUCGCCGGAUACUUUCAGGCCCGAGCUGCAAGGCAAAUGCUCCAUCAUACGCGAAUUGCACGUGUAUGGUUCAGUGGUGCCGGUGAGCUCGCGAGAUCCCACAAAAUUCCAGCAUCAGGGCUUUGGUAUGCUGCUCAUGGAAGAGGCGGAGCGCAUAGCACGUAUGGAGCACGGCAGCACUAAGUUGGCUGUAAUCUCUGGCGUCGGCACACGCAACUAUUAUCGCAAGCUGGGUUACCAACUGGAUGGGCCAUAUAUGUCCAAAGCGAUAGUAUAAAAAACUAAAAAAAAUAUUGUAUGUAUAAAAAACUACAUAAAUAAAAGUGUUUACAACCCAUUCUUAAAUAUAUA